UUCUCAAGCUUCUCACGCUCAUACCCCAAGCUACACACUGUAGACUGGCCAUCACAACCCUCCCACUCGAUAUCAUUUCAGCGACAAUGACCACCCCCUGGAACAAAGGCACGCACUCCGCCCUCGUCCCACUACCCGAACGCGGCCCCUCCCUCUUCCUCUCCGCCGCGGGCCCCGAACGCCAGAAGCGCAAUGGCAGCCUCCCCCCGGCCGUGAUCAUCGAAGCCGGCCUCGGCAGCUCGCACGUCGAAUGGGUCGCGGUGCAGCGCCUGAUCGCCGCCCGGGCGCGCGUCUACACCUACGACCGGGCCGGCUACGGGCGUAGCAGCGAACCGCCCUCCCCGCUGCUGCUGCUGCCGCCGACCGCGCACAACCGCGUCCGCGAGCUGACGCAGCUCCUCGACGCGGCGCAGAUCCCGCCGCCGUACGUGUUGAUCGGCCACUCCUACGGUGGGGUCCUGGUCCGCGAGUUCCUGCGCCAACGCGGCCCCGACGUCGUCGUCGGGAUGGUGAUUGUCGACUCGCCGCGGGCGCAAACCCCCUUGCCUGCGGAUUGGCCGAGUUUGAUGGGGGAUUCCGAUUACUAUGCCGUUGUGGGGUUGGAUGAGAACGUGGCGGUGGCGCCGGAGGAGUAUCGGGCGAUUAAGGAGGAUGAGGUGAGGAAUCGGGCGACGGCGGAGGCGGAGUUGGCGCUCAUUGCGGCGAGUACCAAGGAGCUGAAUGAGGCGAUUCCCGAGGGGGUGCAGGCGCUGGGGAACGGAAGGUUGAGUGUGAUUUUUGCGAAUGAGUCGGUGGAUUUUGGGAAGGUUUAUGCUUAUGGGGUGGAGCAUGGCCAUGGCUCGGAGGAGGCGAGACGGCGGCUGGCGGAGCGGCUGGCGGUCAUGGAAGAGAUGGAUGAGCGAGGGCAACGGGCUCAUCUGUCGCUGUCGAGUCGGAGUCGGUUCGUGUAUGCGACAGGGAAGGCGAGGACGCAUAAUUUGCAGUUGGUUGCACCGGAGGUGAUUCGGGAUGAGGUGUUUUGGGUCCUGGGGCUGGUGGAUUGAGGGUUCCUGGGGAUGUUUGGCCAGGUCUGGAUAGUAUUUUGAGACUGAUCAGUCGCAUACUGAGGCAUUGCACUCUGCACUGCUGGGAUAACUCUUAUACCUUGCAAAAUUGUCAAGCUUGAGACAAACUACACGGUGAAAGAUGCGACAUAGCUAUAGUCGAAAAUUGACUAAGGCUGCUCACGAG